UGUUUUAGUUUUCACAAAGCUGCUUAAAAGCCAGUAUCAUCUAAACGUCGGACAUCAGUCGACUACAAAAUAUUCAUUAGUUCGUAAAAUGCAUUUGUCUAGAUUUGCAUGGCUCGGCUUGUUGCUUUUGGCAUUUGUAAUAGAUACCUUAGAAUGUGCCAAAAUACUUUCGAUCUUUCCAUUUAAGGGUCCUUCCCAAUAUAUUUGUGUGCAGCCGUAUUUGAAAACAUUGGCGGCGCGUGGACAUGAAGUCAUUUCUGUAUCGGCGUUUCCGCAAAAGACGCCGGUGAAAAAUUUUCGCGAUAUUACUGUAAUAAUUGAAAAUGCCGAUCACGACGAGGCUGUUAGUAAUGUGGUUAAGAAAAUGUCUCAGAGUAAAUUGACAGAUCUGCGUUGCUUGAACGAAUAUGUAGUGAUGGGUACUUUGUCAGCGCUGAAAAAUGAAGAUUUCCAGCAACUACUGCACUCCAAUGAACAUUUCGAUCUCAUCAUCAUCGAAGUAUUCUUCCAGGAUGCUCUCUACGCUCUGGGCCAUCACUUUAAGGCGCCUAUGAUUGGUAUUUCCACAUUUGGCACCGAUGUUGUAAUCGAUCAGUUGGUGGACAAUAUUUCACCGGUAGCGUACGUACCAGCGCCCAGUGGAGCCAAUUUGGAUCGUAUGAAUUUCUGGCAACGAUUGGAUAAUUUGUAUAGUUACACAAUGGAGCUGAUGUACAAUCAUUUAGUUAUGAUUCCGGAGCAACAGCAAUUAUAUGAAAAAUAUUUUCCAAAUGCCACAUUGAAUCUAAGAGAAGCACGCAGAAAUUUCGCACUUUUGCUGUUGAAUCAACACUACUCCUUUAGUUGGCCACGCCCAUUAGUGCCGAACGCUAUCGAAGUGGCUGGUAUGCAUAUCAAUAAUACGCGGAAUAAACUACCAGCCGACAUGGGAGCCUUCAUUAAAGCCUCUCCGAAGGGCGCAAUUUACUUCUCGCUCGGCUCAAAUGUGAAGAGCGUGCUUCUGCCUAAAAAUGUGUUGGUUGCCCUUAUGAAUGCAUUUGCCAAACUGCCUGUGAAUGUGUUGUGGAAAUUUGAGAAAACUGACUUACCUGGCAAGCCAAAAAAUGUCUACAUCAACAAAUGGUUUCCACAAUCGGAUAUACUUGCACAUCCCAAUGUAAAACUCUUCAUCACACACGGUGGCAUGCAUAGUAUGAUAGAGGUGGUGCAUCAUGGCAAGCCUAUUGUGGGUAUGCCUAUAUUCUAUGAUCAGUAUUUAAAUGUUGCACAGGCUCAAGCAAAGGGAUUAGGUGUGAUGCUUAACUUCAGAAAUUUUACCAGCGAGGACUUGUGCAAUGCUGUUCUUGAGGUACUGAACAAUCCAAUGUAUGCGAAGAAGGCGGAGGAGGCCUCGGCGAGAUUUCACGAUCGACCAAUGACACCGCUCGAUACGGCGAUCUAUUGGACAGAAUAUGUGUUGCGUCAUAAAGGAGCGCCGCAAAUGCGUGUGGCAGCGCGUCAUUUGAACUUCUUCCAAAGACACAGUCUGGAUACGAUGGCUGUGUUGUUCGGCGUUCCACUGCUGGUAGUGAUUUUAAUGAUUUUUGGUACUUGUAAGUUGCUUAGGUCAUUAUUAACUAAUAAAGGAAGCGUGAAGGUAGAAAAGCCUAAAAAGUCGUAAGCAAACGGAAGAUAUCUUUGGGGCGAGAUCUGUGACUUAUUCAAAUUAUCAUAUUGGAAUUAUCAAAUGUAAGAAAAGUCAUAGGACUCAGAGCACUGAAUUGUGGUUGAUUACAUUGUGCUACAAAAUUUAACUAUUUUGCUCAAAUACAAGGAAGUCGAUAUUCGUGCCAAUUUGGGCUUUACGUAGAUAUAAUAAAUUUUCGUUUUUAGUUUCUUCACAGAACA